CAUAAAUGAAGUGAUAUGUUACCAGAAGGUUCACACCAUCAAGAAGUCUAGCACUGAUCAGUUCGCGAGGAAAACGUUGGGAAAACUAACACCAACAAUUUGAGAUGAAUACACCGCUACUGGCAUCGUUCUUGUUGAUGUUUUAUCCUUUGGUUGUUGAUUCAGCAACAUCGAAAGAAAUUAAAUUGGAAAAAACACUCAAAGACAUACUUGACAAAAUUUACACACUCGCUCUAGAGGGAAAGAGCUAUGAAGUGGGGCCAUACUAUACUGAAAACUGUAUAAUAAUUAAUCAAGGUGUACCACCAUUAAUUGGCAGAAGAGAGGUGGUAGAUCACUACCGAAGCGAGAAUUCGACAACUGUUAAAAAGAUGAACGUUUUUAUGGACAAAAUUUAUGACAAGGGAGACCUUGUGGUUCUUCUAUACCACGUGACGGCGCAUGCAGCAGAUUGCAGUCUCCUUUUCACUACCCGAUUAAACAUGGUUUGGUUGAAGAUCAAGGGCAAAUACUUGAUUCACAAUCUUGUUUCAAAUUAUCGAGAGAGCCUCUGUCCGUCGACGUCAUGAUUGUUGAACUAAACAUUGGAGGAAACAAGACACUACAUUUAUUUGUCAUAUUAUGUAGCCUGAUUUUCUAGAUAAAAUGAGCUUUGUAGACCAUAACCGUUGUAGACUUUCAUUUUAAAACAUCUUUAUUACAAAAUUUUCUUGUCUCCGUUUAAAUAAAGUUUUUCGUAGUCAUUCAACUGUUAUAUAACAAACGCAGUUACAGUGAUUGCUUAUUUUAAGGUGCCUCCCUUUAGUCAAGUAGCAAAUGGUGCCCCUCCCCUCUCCCCCUCCUUAACUCCACUAGAACUGGGUUUAAUUUAUAUUUCUGAAAAUCACGACUUGUGUUUCAUUACAUAAAGUAUUUUUCAAUUUACGUGUUUGGUUAUAGAAUAAUCUAUAUUAAUUUGUUUUACUAUUUCGCUAUUUCUGUUGUUUUUAUCGCCAGAGAACUCCAACUAAAUAAAGCCAAAGGCAUUCCUACAUCUUUGAGUAAUGGCAGAUCAUACUAUGGCACGACUAUAGAAGUAUGCUUAGACUUUCUCCUGGAAUCGAUCGUUUUAUCUUUAUGACCGGGGAAUGCGUAUUUCCAGACCUAAGAAGGGGACUGGAAGCGCGCGAGUAAAAAAAUCAGAUCGUGGCUAAAACACCACACGAGUACAUACAAGGGCGAAGAUAUUUUACAGUACCCUGUAUCAGUAUUUUUAUGAAAUAUUAAACACAUCGGGGUUUCACCUCUUAUUUAUGCAAACACAUGUCUCAUAAACGCAGUAGGCCGAGUAAACCAACGAUUGAUGAGCAGCUGCUGUCUGCAAUAAGCAAUGUUAAUGCUAUUACAAAUCAAGGUGUUCGAAGUAGAAGUAAAACUAUUAAGAAGAAAAAUGCCAGUAGAGAUAUAGUUCUUCAGAGAAACGAAGAUGGCGAACGGAUUAUUCAUAAGCCGAGGCAAAGCACUUCGAGCAAUAGAAAUACACAAAGAGAUGAGGAAAUGCCUACAACAUCGUCAGAUUUACAUGAUGUUCCACAGGAAAUGUUAUGUGAGGACAGUGUUACUGAAAGAGAUCUUGAAGCUAUUCUUGAAAGCUGUCAGUUGGUUAUUGGAAAAGUGGAUACUGGGCCAUCUGCUUGGCAAUAAAGAAUGGAAAAUCGAGAAGAAAAUUGGGAAAUGUUGUAGAUGCAAUGAAAAUGAAGCUGUACUGAGAUGCAGACAAUGUGGUGUGUUGAGAUAUAUUUGUCGAGAAUGCGAUGAUGAUGUCCAUGAGAAUAAUCCUCUCCAUGAUCGAGAGGUGUGGUUGGAUGGUUAUUUUCAAUAUAUCAAGCCAACACAAUCCAUUUCAUCUGAUGGAAUGAUUUGCAGCAUUGAUCGAUCAUGCCCCAUCCUUUACCCAUCAUCAUGUCAGUUGUGUAAUGAACCUAUCAUCAAAACUACCAACAGCUCUCUUGUGAUUAUGAUCACUUGUGAAGGACGAUUCGAUCUUAAUUGGUUCACUGUACAUUUCUCAUCUUGUCAAUGGAAGUGGUCACCAAUUUCUGUUGACAGUAUAAUUGAGAAUGGCUGGUGGCCUGGUAGCCCUGAAAAUUUUCAUUACAUAUUUAGUCAAGAUGUCUUUAAUUUGUGGGAUGCAUUUAGAAAGAGGAUGCCUGGGUCAUCACAAUCUGCUUUUGUAAGAAGUUUGGAAGAUAUUUCCAGCUCUAGAGGAAGGGAAAAUGUUAUCAAUCCAGUCACAUUCAGAAAAUCGUUUGCUGAAUGGAGCUAUUGCCAACAUGAAAUUGACCUUCUUCAUGAGCAGACAUGGAAAAAUUGCCCUCCUUCUAGUAUUGAUCAACAUUCAUGUCAUGUUGAUGGAAAUCAAAAAGUGUACAGAUUCAGCAAAGUACCAAGGGGUCCAGUCCAGUGUUAUUAACGUGAUGUAUUGAUUGCAAACAAUAGUUUUGUGGACUCUCAUUUAAAAAGUCUUGGUUCAAAGUCGAUUCAGGUAAUGUGUUAUGAAAUAGGAUUGAAAGGUAGCAAUCUAUUAUUAGGUUAAAGCAUUUUUUAUAGAAUGAAGACAAUUCUUGUGGCGACACCCAUUGGAAAGCUGCAAAAAUGGUCUCCAAAUCAAA